UAAAUUUUGCUAACAUCUAAAGCAUCGUUGAGUCUUCCUGCGCCGCCUCCUUCCUCUUCACCACUUGCGUGCCGCCGUCGUCUCCACUGGCGAGCAGCCAAUUUCUCCGUUCCGCCUUAUUUAUUUCUAGCUCAUAUGGAUCAAAAUCUAGUUUCCGCUGCUUCCUUCUCCUCAUCCCCGAUUCUCGAAACCCUAGGCGAAGAAAUCCUUCGAAUACUCUACCCCGUAUCUUUUUGCAUGUUCCUCGUCGUUCUCCUCGUUUCGGCACUCAUCUCCCCCGAUAACUCAUCCAUGUCUCUCUCCUCCAUCGCUAGUAUCGCCUAUUCCGAAUCUUCGUCCGAUUCCUUCUGGUCCAAGCUCUCCGGCGCCUUCUUGAACUCCCUCCUCUUUAUUGCCGUCAUCACAAUCUUAACUUUCCUACUCGUCCUCCUCUUCUACCUCCGCUGUACUCCUUGCCUCAAAUCCUACAUGGCCUUCUCCUCCUUCGUUGUACUCUCCUUUCUCGGCGGCGAGAUCUCCCUCCUCCUACUCUCCCGCUUCGUAGUUCCCAUCGACGCGUUUUCCUUUCUCCUACUUCUCUUCAACUUCUCCGUUGUUGGAACCUUAUCGGUUUUCCUCGCCAAGGCGCCAAUUUCGCUUACCCAUGGUUACUUGGUCAUUAUCGGUGUGCUUGUGGCUUAUUGGUUCACGCUUCUUCCAGAGUGGACUACUUGGGCGCUGCUGAUCUCCAUGGCAUUGUAUGAUCUCGCUGCUGUUUUGCUUCCAGUUGGGCCUCUUAGGCUUCUGGUGGAGCUAGCGAUCUCGAGGGAUGAGGAUAUUCCAGCGCUGGUGUAUGAAGCUCGGCCGGUGGAUACUCAGGCCGGUGGAAGGAGGUUGUGGAGAGAAAGGAGGAAUCUUGAGGGCAAUCCAAUUUCUAUGCCUGAUAAUGAUUCUCUGAGGCAUGAGAACCUAACACCUCAGACAACGAUGACAAUUACAGUGGAAGCAUCAGAUGAAGAUUCUGCUAGUACUGAAUUGGUAGCUCCAUUGGUGUCACAGCAGCCAAGAAGGCAAGAGAUUGAGGCGGCGGAGGGGAUCGGAUUGGGAUCUUCUGGUGCCAUCAAGUUGGGAUUGGGGGAUUUCAUCUUCUACAGCGUAUUGGUUGGGAGAGCAGCGCUGUAUGAUUUCAUGACAGUGUACGCUUGUUAUCUCGCCAUUGUUGCUGGGCUAGGUGUAACUCUUUUGCUCCUUGCGUUCUACAGGAAAGCUUUACCCGCUCUUCCUGUAUCAAUAGCUUUUGGCCUGUUGUUUUAUUUCUUGACAAGGGAAUUGUUAGAACUGUUCGUUGUUCAGUGCUCGGUGAACUUGUUGAUGUUUUGACGAGUAUAUAUUGCUAUGAACUAAGACCAAAGACUACUCUGUUUACUGAGUAAUUCAUGGACUUAUCUUGCGACUACUUCAUCUUAUCACUCUCUGAAUCUCCAUAAUUCAUCAUGAAAUGGUUAUUUGAGCAGGGAGAAAUCCCACUACUGUUCUUUACUUUAACUUUCAACAAAAGCAAUUUGACAUUUUUUACUGUA